AUGGAGUGGGCGUCGCCGCCGGUCCCGCUCCCUCUCCUCGCGAAUCCCAAGGCGUACGCCGCCGUCCUGGCGCUGAGAUGCGAAUCCGACAACCCAGCGCAUCUGACGGAGAAGGAGAGUGCGUUGAUCAGCUCUUUCCGCGAGAGAAUCCCGCUGUGGAGGCAGCAGGCAGAGAGCGACGCGUCAGUGGACAACGCAACAGAGAGGGCCGCCAAAUUCGAAGACAGGCUGGCAUCCAUGUUGGACGAUUUCGAUAACGACCCCGAGAGCCAUGGCGGGCCCCCAGAUGUCAUGCUGCUGUACCGGCUGAGAGACAUCUGUUUGCGGGAGCUAGGCUUUGAAGACAUUUACAGACACGCCAAGGGCGAGUCAACAAGCAUGGCCCUACAGCAGCUACUAGCCGUCCUUGCAGCGGUGGAUGACAUCAGCGAUCACGUCACCCGCUCCGAAGCCCUCAUCCGGGGCAUGCUGGCCGGCAAUCUGGCCGCUCUGGACGGCGCGGACCCCUCAGUUGGGACAGCGGACUUUUUGUCUGUUUCUGACAGUCUGCCGGCCAAACCAUGGGCGGCAGAUGACAUGGGGGCGGCGGUGCAGACAUGGAGCAACCAAGGGGAGGGCAAGUGGAGCAAGGCUGUGGUGUUGUGUGCAGGGGCGGGCAGGGAGACGGUACUGGGGUUGCUGCCAGCAGUGAGGGACUUGACUAGACGAGGCGUGAAGGUGCUUCUGGUGGUGCCAGACAUGCCUUCAGGUGCCGCCAUCACACACGAGGACCUGAUGAAUCUCCUGAAGCAGGUGCAAGCAGCAGCACCAGAGGAUGACAUCAGCAUGGCCAUCAGCAAUGGUCGCAUCCUUGUCCUCAACUCCGGAUCCGACCUUCAGGCGCUUGACCUAUCUGCUGUUUCACCUGAGCUCGCCUACGCCGCAUCGGAUGCAGAUGUCAUCAUUUUAACCAGGAUGCCUCCGCAACGAAGCUCACGCGGCAAGGGAAAGGAGAAGGUUAGCGAUGAUGAGAAAACACCUGACCCCCCCUACGUCGCAUGGAUGAAAGAGCAGCAAAAGCAGGGGAAGCCGUCCCCAUCUAUCAAGCGUAUGGCUAAGGCCGUACGCGAAACUGCGGGCGCCAGCAGUAGCCGAAGUUCUCGGCAUGACUAUCCCGACACAGGCGCCGAUACUGACGUCUCUGAUGACGAUCUCGAGGAGAUCGUCUCGGAGUCGGAUAGUGAUGCCGACUCAGCCGAUUACAAACGCGGCACUGAAGAGGACGAGGAAGAUACUGAUGGAGGCGACGACGGAAGCGAUGAUGAGCGCAGCACACGACCGUCGAAGAAGGAGCAUCGGGCUCCUUCGUCCCGCAACAAGCGCGUGUGGUCGGACGCCGAGUUGACGUCCCUGGCGGCCGCUCGUUGGAACACUAAAGACGACCUCAAGGCUAUGCAGGGCAAGCAGGGGAGCCAGUACUGGAGGAAGCUCCGCGCCCACAUGCUUGAGAAGGACAAAAAUUGGGACCGCGAUGAGGGACAGAUGUCCAAUGCCUGGAAACGCCUCGAGAAGAAGUACCUGAAAACGAAGCGGGGGGAGGGACAGAGCGGAUGGAAAGCAAUAAAGAAAAAACCGUGGUGGGAAUACGUCUAUCACCUUAAAAAGCACUCGGCGAAGGCCAAGGCGCACCCCCUCGACGGUGGAGGCGCGGCGAACGUCAACGUCCAAGCGUACGCCCCGGUGCCCGGCUGCACCGACCGGGAAACUUCCGCGCCUCUAUCGGAGGGCAGUGGGCGCUCUAACCGCCGUCAGGCGACCACACCAGCCGUUAGGGAGCCCGGCCCAGAUAAAGCGGCGCGGAUUGUGCGUUUUCAUGCGCGGCGUGCUAACGACCUGCAACAUGUUGUGCAGGAUGAUGAUGCACGCCGUCCCAGCGCAUACACGCCAGAGCUUGCUCUCGUUCCUGCGCGCGAAGAGCCGCCAGCGUCCCUUCAACGUGCCGAUGGUGCGCUCGACGACCAUGCGGGUAGCAGACUGCACGUAGUUGUAUGUCCGCUCCCAUUUCUUCAUCAGGCGACGGCGUGGGGCGUGAAGGGGGGUUAG